AUGACAGUUCUUCUAUUCCAGAUUUGUUUACUAUCGGCCUGCUCCAACACUCUUUUCAAUGCGAAGCGCCUAAACCGCAUUACCAAGGCUCACGUCGUCGCCAGAAGAACGACCGCUCCUUUGCGAUCCCGCCAGAGGCGCACCCACGGUGCUCCAGCUGCCGCUCCUUACCGCAAGCGACGCCGUGCGUCUGCAUUCGCUCGACGGGCAGAGCUUUUCCAGCAAACCUCGCAGAAUCACACUCCGGCAGCGCCAACAUCUGACGAGAGUCCUUGUUUUAAUUCUUUAGAUCGAGCCGCCGUAGAGCACCUCUUCACGUUGUACCAAGGCAAGAUGGAAGGUGACGGCUCCAAACCCGACCCGGCGCCUAGGCCGAGCUCCGACAAGCUCUCCAAGGAGGCCGGCGCAUCAGAGAUUGCCAGGUCAGAAGCAAUGCCUCCUCCGCCCUUGCCCACGGGCGGGGGGCUGGAUGAGCACGCGUCUGAAACCCGGUCCGCCAGGUCUGAGUCUACUGCGUCUCGAAAUACCAACCGCCUCUCACUCACUCUCCCCAUCGCGCCGCCAACAGCUUGCCCGAGCCGCCCUCCCCCAAGCUCGUCGACGGCUGUGUCGUCGUAUCCGCCUACACCAAUUGACACAUCCGCAGUCACGUCGCCGACUGACACAAACAAUUUCAUCACGGCCAUUGCUACCCAGGAGAGACGUGUGCUCGAGCUCCGCGAAGAGCUCGACGGGGCGGAACGUGAAUUAUCCCGCCUCAAGAAGCAGUGGGCACAUCACGAGGCGUUCAAGAAGAGGUCCGAGAUUCGCAGAAAGGAGCCACUGAGACCGCUAUCCCUCCAAAUCCAGACGAGCACGCCUCCUAACCCAGAGGAAGACCCGCUCACGAGGCGAAGUGUUGAAAUGGACAGGCGCAAGGCACUUCUCCUGGGGCAGCAGAGUGCACAGAGCACGCCGACUCAGUCAAGACGACGUGUUUUUCGCGGUGCUCAUACGAGAACGCUCUCACUCUUGUCUCCGACCAAGACCACGGACGACUUCUCGGUUCACGAGGACGAUGUCGGUCUGGUCAAAUCACCCUCCCAGGAACUGGAGGCUGUCUUCCAGAGCAUUCACCGCCGGAGCCCUAUCACACCAGCACAGCUGUCGAAGCGGGCAUCGUGGGCCCCGCGCUCGACCCAGCAAGUUGGUGGUCUGAAGCAGGUUGCCGAUGACUUUAAAGCCGGACUCUGGACUUUUGUUGAGGAUCUGCGACAAGCCACGGUGGGUGACGAGCCCAUCACGGGCACCGGCGCGCCUUCAAGGGGUGCUGCUGGAAACCCUCGGGCAGGACAUUCCCUGUCUGGUGAAAACCAAGAUACUAUCAAGGCCUCCGGACCUACCACCCGACCACACGUGAGCAGGGCCUUUGAACACACGCCAACACCGCCGGCCCGGUAUACAGACAAUCCGGAAAGGGCAACACAAAACACUGCCCCCGCGGCCGAGCACCAGCGAAAGGUGUCCAAGGCCGAGGGGAAGGCGGCGAAGCGUUUCUCGUGGACGCCUCUGACGGUCGAUUCAUUUGAUGAUAACGAUUGGACAAACUGGGAUAGUCCACCUGUCAAGUCGCCGCGAUGGAGCGGCACCACGGUCAAUGGCGACCUCAUUGACGCAAUUCCGGAGAAGAAUGACGAGAACGAGACACCAUCGGCAACUCAGCGGACUGGAGCGCAGUCGUCGACACCGUCAGACUCUCCCAGCAAGCUUGAUGACAUGUCCUGGGCUGUCCUGAACCGGCUGACUCCCGGCAACAUCAAGCGUACCGCCUCUGACUUCAUGAAAGAGUGGGAGAAGAGCUUGUCGCCGACCAGGGAUGGUCUCACUGUUCCCGAGGAGAACAGAGACCAGCAGGUCAGAACCGUUGACCUAUUGUAG